AUGAGUGGUGUUUUCUGCAAGCGGCUGACCGACUUGUGCUUUCACCCAAACUGGCUACAAAAGUUGCCGCUGUUUGUCUACGGCUUGCAGUACGCCGUCAUCCUGCGGACCAAUGACCGCCGCACGUGGCACAUUGACAACCAGACCAACGAGACAUUCUGGGAUAUGCUUAUCCAGGUCAUAUACGAGAAGCGCGGCCAGAACGUGUCGAUGCAUGAUAUCCAUGGGGAAGCGCGAAAGCGACUCAGGGAUUCGGGGCAUCUACGUCCACACUACUCCAGGUUCAUGGCCAAGCUCGAAGAGAUGUUUCCUGUCGAGAUGUACGACGCGGCCGAGGCCCCAGGGCCUCUUGACCCAUACAAGGCCAACUCAACUGACCUUCUCAAUGUCGAGAACGUCUUGACUUCUAUGGACCAUCAUGGUCUUCCUAUCUACGGCGGCUUGACAGGAGACCACUGGGGUGGAUUAACUGGCAAGAACCUCAUGAGGUGCCCGGACAAGGACACCAUUCAUGACUUUCAUGAACGCGGUAUCCUCAUCACUCGCCGCAUCGCCGGCAGAGAGUCGAAGAGGCGCACCCGCCUGGGUGACGUUGAAGCAGCCCCCGCUGCUGGAGCGACCCGUGAUGUGGGCAGUACGGUGUCCAAAGCAGAGCAUGACGCCAUGGUGGCCGAGCUUCGGGCGGAAUACGAUGCUGUGGUGAAGCGCAUGCAGGCAGAGCAUGACGCCAAGGUGGCCGAGAUCGAGCGCCUACAGGCGGAAACGGAGAAGACCAGGGCCGAAAUGCAGUCAGAAUUCAGGGCCAUGGCGCAGUCGCAUAUGACCAUGGAACAGUGCUCCUCGGUGCAAUCGAGCCAGACUGCUGCGUUACGCCCGGCGCCUAUUGAGAUGGAGCCGUUUGAUCUCGCGCCCCUUGCGUGGUCUGCCAAGGUCUACCACCCGGUGACGCUGAGCAAGCCAAGCUUCGCAUUAUCUGUGUUGGGGGACUUUUGA